AUGGGUAAUUUUGAAGACAGGAGUGAUGGUAAUCUCAGGCAGCUGAGACUGGAAGGGAGCCCAGCCCACUGCAAGUUCUUUUUAUCUUUUUUUUACUGGGACUUUGUGUUGGAGGAAACACCUGGAGGCACGGUUUUGGCUGAUCUAGUCAAGGACCUCGGGCUGGGAGUUGCAGAGCUAGCUGCUCGAGGAGCCCAGGUGGUCUCUGAGGAUAAUGAAUCACGAUUGCAGCUUGAUCCUCAGACUGGGAAGCUAAUAGUAAAUGAAAAACUGGAUCGGGAGGAGCUGUGUGGCCCCACUGAGCCCUGUGUCACUCAUUUCCAAGUGUUACUGAAAAAACCACUGGAAAUAUUUCGAGCUGAGCUACGAGUGGGAGACAUAAAUGAUCAUUCUCCCGAGUUUGCUGAAAGAGAAAUGACCGUGAAAAUCAUAGAGAACAGCCCUGUUGGUGCCGUGUUUCUACUUAAAAGCGCUCAGGACUUGGAUGUGGGCAACAACAGCAUUCAGAACUAUAGCCUUAGUUCCAAUUCUCAUUUCCACGUUUCCUUCCGCAACCGAGGUGAUGGGAGGAAAUACCCAGAGCUCGUGCUGGACAAAGAGCUUGAUCGCGAGGAGCAGGCAGAGUUCAGGCUGACUCUGACAGCGCUGGAUGGCGGUUCUCCGCCCAGGACUGGCACCUCGCAAAUACGGAUUAUUCUCGUGGAUGUCAAUGACAACGCCCCUGAGUUUGUGCAGGCGCUCUAUCAGGUGCAAAUUCUAGAGAACAGCCCGGUGGGUUCCCUGGUUGCUAAGGUCUGGGCCAAGGAUUUAGACACUGGGACAAACGGAGAAGUAUCAUACUCUCUUUUACGUAGCUCUCAGGAGAUGAGCAAAACUUUUGAGCUAAAUGCCAUGUCAGGAGAAAUUCGGCUGAUUAAAACACUCGACUUUGAGACAGCAUCUUCAUAUGAAGUAGACAUAGAGGCAUCAGAUGGCGGGGGACUUUCUGGAAAAUGCUCUGUUUAUAUUCAGGUGGUGGAUGUCAAUGAUAAUUACCCAGAACUAACUAUUUCAUCGCUCACCAAUCCCAUCCCAGAAAAUUCACCAGAGACAGAAGUGGCUCUGUUUCGGAUUAGAGACCGAGAUUCUGGGGAAAAUGGAAGGACAGUUUGUUCCAUCCAGGAUGGUGUUGUCUGCACACUGGAACCUUCUGUUGAGAACUUCUAUAGACUGAUGACUGAAGGUGCGCUGGACAGGGAGAGCAGAGCUGAGUACAAUAUCACCAUCACAGUCACCGACCUGGGCACACCCAGACUUAAAACCCAGCACACCUUAACAGUGCAGGUCUCUGACGUCAACGACAAUGCUCCAGCCUUCACACAAACCUCCUACACCCUGUUUGUCCAGGAGAACAACAGCCCCGCCCUGCACAUAGGCACCAUCAGCGCCACAGACUCAGACUCAGGCUCCAAUGCCCACAUCACCUACUCGCUGCUGCCCACCCACGACCCGCAGCUGGCCCUCUCCUCGCUCAUCUCCAUCAAUGCAGACAACGGGCAGCUGUUCGCGCUCAGGGCGCUGGACUAUGAGGCCCUGCAGACCUUAGAGUUCCGCGUGGGCGCCACAGACCAAGGCUCGCCUGCGCUCAGCAGUCAGGCGCUGGUGCGCGUGCGCGUACUGGACUCCAAUGACAAUGCGCCCUUCGUGCUCUACCCUCUGCAGAACGCGUCUGCGCCCUACACAGAGCUGCUGCCCAGGUUGGUGGAUGGCUUCUCUCACCCCUCCCUGCCUCUGCCCGAGGAGGAGCGUGAACCUGCACAAGAGGAGGACACUCUUACUCUGUACCUGGUCAUCGCCUUGGCGUCUGUGUCUUCGCUUUUCCUCUUAUCUGUGCUGCUGUUCGUGGGGGUGAGACUGUGCAGGAGGGCCAGGGCAUCCUCUCUGGGUGGCUGCUCUGUGCCUGAGGGCCACUUUCCUGGCCACCUGGUCGAUGUCAGUGGGGCGGGAACCCUGUCUCAGAGCUACCAGUAUGAGGUGUGUCUAUCCGGAGACUCUCAAAGUAAUGAGUUCAGAUUCUUGAAGCCCAUGUUUUCCAAUAUUCUAGACUAAAACUGUGGUGGGCAGUCAGGAGAUAAUCCAUUCUUCCCAAGUAUUUUAGAAUGUGAAAUUUCACUUGAUGUGUAAUUCUGACUCUUUAGAUUUUGUGGGGGUGUUUUCAAAAAUUGGUAGCAAUGUUUACUUGUAUUUGUUUUUCCUUUUCUCUACUAGUUUAAAUAGUAUUGUUUGUUUAGUAGUUUGCUAACUGUAAAAGUAUUUUUCCAGUUCUGUUCUUACUGAACUGUUACAUUAGGAAGCUCCAUGUUCCUGAUUGAAUUUGCAGUACUCUCUCCCAAAGAAUAUGAAUUUUUUCUAAUGCACCCAAUUCUAAUUUGAAAAGUACAUUUCCUGGUCUACGGGAACAGAUAAAGUUUAUAGAGUGCUGUGUUGUUUGGAGGCCCUAGUUUGGGUCACCCUGUAAUUCCAGAACUUAGAGAUGGAGGCAGGCUAUCAGGAAUUCAAGAUUAUCAACUACAAUAGAGAAUUCAAGCUUAGUCUGGGCUAUAUGAUGAAAAGAGCAUAUUUUCUCAACAAAAAGAUACAUUCUUGAAUGUGUAAUGCCACACAAGAAUUUCUGAUUUCUUUUCAAUCACACUUCAUUUUAGAAUUGGAAGCCCUUAGUUUUGUUUUCUUUUUUGUUUUUGUUUUCGUUGUUUUGCACAGCUAAGACUUUGGUCGCUGUGUGUGUGUGUGUGUGUG